GCUGUCCUCGGCUUGUGGAGGACCGACGUCAGUGUUUGUGCUGAAGAUGGCGGAGGCUGCGGCUGUUCCACCGCAUCGCUUUUUCUGUCACUGUUGUAAGGGAGAAGUAAACCCCAAACUCCCGGAGUACAUCUGUCCAAGAUGUGAUUCAGGGUUCAUCGAGGAAGUAACAGAAGACUCCAGUCUCCUAGAGGGUGGCGCUAAUGGGAUAGAUGACACAGCCACACACUUUGCAGAGCUAUGGCACCUGUUGUUACUGGAGCGGCCAUUUACAGACGGCGACACACCUGACUCAGAACCUCGGCUCCCCGGAGGGCGCUUGGGGGGUCUCAGCGAUCUGGGGGGGUUGGGAGGGGGACCAAUCGGGGGUUCAGUCCCAGCAGGUCUAGGGGGACCUAUGGGGGGUCUACUAGGAGCCGGGGAACACUGGGGACCAGGACGCCCCCCUCGCCUGCACAGAGAGAGGAGAUACCGGACUAGAGUCAGCGCUAGGCCAGAUCGCUCGCCUGCUGUAGAGGGGAUUGUACAACAGUUUCUUACCGGCCUCUUUGCCAAUUCUGGGGUCCCUGGCUCACCUCCCCUCUCAUGGACGGGGAUGCUGCACUCUAACCCAGGCGAUUACGCCUGGGGACAGGGAGGGUUAGAUGCUGUGAUAACACAGUUACUAGGUCAGUUGGAGAACACAGGACCUCCACCAGCAGAAAAAGAGAAGAUCUCCUCUCUCCCAACUGUCAAUAUCUCUCAGGAACAAGCAGACUGCUGUAUGGAAUGUCCGGUGUGCAAAGACGACUUUGCAGUGGGAGAGCCAGUCAGACAGCUACCCUGUAACCACUUCUUUCAUUCAGACUGUAUAAUACCAUGGCUGGAAAUGCAUGACACGUGUCCAGUGUGUAGGAAGAGUUUGAACGGAGAAGACAGCAGCAGCCAGCCCCCAUCAGAGUCCCCAUCUCUCUCCAUGGACCCCCGCACACAGGAGAGAUGGUCCUUCUGAGACACCCACCUGUAUCAUCCCUCAGUUCUCCUCGCCUACAUCCAACAACUCAUCGAAAAGACAAAAAAAAAAGCUUCUCACUUUCCUCUUUUCAUCUCUGUUGCAGUCAUAAUCAUCUCAGUCUGACGUUUUAUUUUAUAUUUUAAUGCCUUUCUCCUCAACCAUGUAUACAGAUAUCCAUACAAACGUCUUAACAGUCACUUGAGGUCUUCUAGAUCUUUUUUUUUUUCUUCUCCUAAUAACAAACCAGCCUAGAUUGAUGAUCAAGCCCAUGUCUUCUCUACUUCCACCCCUCAAACGAACUCUUUUCCAUCAUUCUUAAAAUGCACUGCUAAAAUACACUAUCGUGGGGAAAUGCCAGACUAUAUCAUACACCAUGCCCUCUUUACUCAUCGGAAAAAUUAACUAAAUCCUGCAACUGAGCCCUGUGCAGCAUUGGGGAAUACUAAAGUGGUUACUUUCACUCUUGGCAUUCAUAGGGACUGGACAUGACUAUAUGAGCACCACCUAUACCCCUGCAAUAAAUGUUACGUUUAUGAAGGGUAUGAAGUUUAAUUUUUGUUGAGAUUGUGUCAUGAAGAUUGAUUGAACUCUUUGCUGUUUAAUGGCUACAAAUGGAAGCUGUGGCAUCCAAUGAAAGCAAGGGACUCCUCACACCUUUCAGGACUCUUCUGCAUCUGAAAAAAAAUCUAAUGACAGUAAGGGAAUUAAAUAAAAAAAAUUACAGCGCUCGGCCCAUUAUGUAAUGCUUUAGAUUUAAAAAUACUCCUCCUGGUGUAUAUAUUAUAAACAGAUGGCAUCCCUCUGUCAUUUUAUUCCUUUGUUUAUGACUGUCUUGUUUCACAUUUUUAUCACUUUUUUUUUUGAUGUAAAUAAUUUUAGUCCAACAACUUAUGGUUUGCAAAGGAAAAAAAAACAUUGAGAAUGGAGACACAAAUGUGAAAUACCUGGUUAUUAAACUGUAUAUUAUAUAUAUGAAAAAAUGUCUAUGAUGUAUUAAUAAAUUGACAAAAAAGGUCA